AUGUAUAGUAAAUCAAAAAAAAAAUAUAUAUAUGUACAGCAUAACACCAACAAAAAUAUUGUACAAAAAUAUUGUACAAAAAUAUUGUCGCACGAAAUGGUGCUUGCAAAUGACAAAAGUGUGAGUGAUAGAAUACCAAAUACCAUAAUUCAUACGACCAAUGCUAGCAAUACCAUCAACAAAGAUGGAAUUUUCCAACUCCCAAGACAUUCUGGCUUAGAUCAACCUAUACUAACUCACAAUGAGUAUUCAUCAAUAUCGGGAACUAGAACUGAUAUCAACUCUACUAAAACUAACAGUAAUAGCUUCUACGAAUCUGUUCCAAACCAAAAUCGCCAAAAUAUUUCAUUACUAGCCGAAAUAGUUUCCCCUAACAACGCCAUAACUAUACCAAAGUUAACAUCAAGUGAGAAAAAUAGCAAUAAACCAACAUCAAAUGAUAAUUUUAUAUCUCAGCAUCCUUAUAAAAGAAGAGUGGUAAAAGCUUGCUACAAUUGUAGAAGAAGAAAGAUUAAAUGUGAUGCUAUUGACCCAUCAAAAAAUAAAUGCUCAAAUUGUCUUAAAUUAAAUAAAAUUUGUAGCUUUUCAGAAAAUGAUGAGAUUAACACACCUUUCAACAUAUCCCACAACAGUACCAAUAACAAGAAGCAGAAAAGCAAUCCACCAAUUCAUUCAUCAAAUAUUCAGCAUAGUAUUUCAGGAAUACAUCCUGAUACUAAUUUGCUGAGUGAAAGAUUGAUUGUUUUGGAGAAUUCUAGAGAUAACAAUGAUUUGGAUCGCAAUCGAACUAAUAAUAAUAAUAAUAAUAAUAAUAAUAGUAGUAGUAGUAGCCAACAGAGUUUGCUCACGUUGAAAAAAGGUUUCUUAGUAAAUAAUGACUCUAAAAUAGAAUUAUUGGGGAAUAGAAUGGAUUUACUAGAUAAAAAAUUCACAUCAGCGAUUGAUAGAUUGGCAAAUUUAGAAGGAUUAUUGCUUCAGUUACUUCAAAAUAAUAAAAAUAAAGAGGCAGACAAUGGUACGAAGAAUGAUAUAGUACAUAAAAAGAAACAGUAUUCAACAGUUAUAUUAACUGUACAAAAAUUAGAUUGGAUCAAAAGAAAGUUAUGCCCGUCAUUGACUGAUAUAGAAUUUAUCACUCCAUUAGAAAAUAUGAUCAAUUUAUCGAUGAAAACUCGUGUAAUUAGCCUGUUUAAAAUCAAGCAAUUUACAGAAAAAAUAUCUGCUUCAAAAGAUGAAAUUACGUUUGAACUUCCAUCUAAAGAAGUAAGUAAAUAUAUUCUAGAAAGCUUAAAUUUUACCUUAUUAAUGUCUAUUGCCCAUUUAGCGAGUGCAGAUGAAUGUGCUUAUUUGCUGGAUAAAUAUUAUAACGAAGGGGUAUCUAAUAUGACUUAUUCAGAAUUAUUACUAUUAAAUGUAGGAAUCUGUUUGGGUUCAAGGUAUACCACGGAGAUAAAUAUGAACGAACCACCACCCUAUUAUUUCCAUGAACAACACGUAGAUAUCAAGGAUAAAGACCUACAACUUAUAGAAGAACAAGCGUUCUUAAAUUCAAUGUACUAUUACAAAAAACUAUCGGUUAGUACUAUGUCAACUAAAUCACUUCAAGGAUGUGUUUUGCUGUUAAGAUACCUAGAAUUUAGUGUGAGUAUUGAAUUAUCUUUAAAUGUAUUUUAUAAAAUUCAUAGAUACGCGAUAUCAUUUGGGUUUCAUAAAAAAGAAUUUUACGAUAAAUUUACUCCUCAAGAACUAGUUAACCAUCUUGCUAUCUGGUGGGAUUGCUAUGCGCAAGAUAUUUAUUUCUCAUAUGUACUUGCAAGACCACCGCUUACAGUAGAUGAAUAUUCUGACGUAUUGGGCGAUCCAAUUUUUGAAAAAGCUAUUAAAAUGGUUAUUGGGGAUAGAUUAAAUCCCAACAUAUUUUCAAUUAAUAGUAUUCAUGAUCUUCUAAAUUUCUCAAUCAAUUUUUUUGAUUGCAUUCCUUUAUUCUUCGAUUAUUAUACUUUAAAUUUAAUUAAAAUUGAAAAAGCAAUUUUAAAAGAUAAUUUUUCGAUGUCAGGUGUAAAUUGUUUUACACCUCAAGAAAUAUUUGACAAUGCUCUCAAAAAAAUUGAAGCUUUAAAUGCUUGGGAAGCUCAGUUGCCGCCUUUAUUAAAGUUAGAGACACAUAAACAAUAUCUAUCUUUAAUUUAUUUACAAGAUUCAGCAGGUGAUCCUGAUUGGCAUUUCAAUAUUGCGUGCUAUAGAGUUCUAAAGAUACACUUUAGAUUUCUAUACCAAAAGAUACUGCUUGCAUUAUUCAUAAGAUCCUUCAUAAUAGAUAACAUGGAAAAUUUUAAUGGUAAGUAUAUCGAUACUUUCCAGUACUUCAGAAGGGAAUAUGAAACAUCAUCUUUAAAAAUGCUAGAACUAUUUCAAGAUACAGAUUAUAGAGAUUGGAUGAGAGACGAAGUGCUAUACCACUUUUUUACUGGUGUAUUUGUUGCACUAAUGGAUUUAGUAGAAAACAUAAAUACAAUCCCUAAAUCCAAAAAAGCAUAUAUUAUAGGCUUAAUGCAAACUUCUGUCAAAGAAUCAAUAAGAUUAGGAUUAAAACCAAGAACGGGCAAUUAUUUAAAAUGGAAUAUGGCAACAUUCAUUUUUGCUUUUUGCCUAGAGAAAAUAAUUGCAUUUAACAACCAAAAUUCUACCGAUAGAUCUGAUUUUAUUACUCCAAUUAUCGAUUACAAAGAUGGUUUAAACAAUUUGUUUGAACAUUCCAUGAAAGAAUGUUUAAGGCUCAAUGCUUCACUAACAGAACAAACUCUGUACGAUUUUGAACAAGAUAUUAGCAUGGCUGAUUUGUUUACACCCUAUGAUAAAAUUGAUAACGAAACCAAAAUUGAAUUUGCAAAGAAGAUAUACUCAGGAUUUGGCACUUUUGAAAAAUUAGGGAAAUCUGCUUUACUAUGGAAGUAUUCAAUAGCAAAAGAGCAUGAUAUUUCAACCCAAGAUCCAUCAUUAUUUAAUACUACCAUUUCAACCUCAUCUGAAACUAUCUAUGAUACUUCUUCGAGGGGCAGACUACCAUUCGAUAGAGAGUUUUUCUUGGAAAGAUUAUUCUUAAAGAUAAACUUUUCUAAACCUCUUUCAGGGGGCACCUAA